AUGCGGGACCGAGGCUUCCCGAUGGCUCUGACGGCGGUGUUAUCGCUGCUGGUUGUAAUCAACGUUAAAGCGAGCGGGGAGUACUGUCACGGCUUUCACGAUUCGCAGGGAGCCUGGCGAGACGGGUUCCAGUGUCCCGAGCGUUUCGACAGCGCCGAAGCGAUCAUUUGCUGUGGGAAAUGCGAGCUUCGUUACUGCUGCUCGAGCACAGAGGCACGCCUGGACCAGGGGACCUGUGACAACGACAAGCAAACGCAGGAAUCCGGUCCUACGAAUAAGGACGACAAAGACUCGGGAGCAGUGCCCAUCUACGUACCAUUCCUCAUCGUGGGCUCUGUCUUCGUCGCCUUCGUGUUGCUAGGCUCGGUGGUUGCCGUGUGCUGUUGCCGUUGUCUCCGCCCCAAACAGGAGCCGUCGUCGGGGAGCGGGUCGGGGAGCGGGUCGGGCGGGGGCCGUCUCCUGGAGACCAUACCCAUGAUGUCGAGCGUCGGCACGUCCCGGGGCUCCUCCUCCCGCCAGUCCAGCACGGCCACGUCCUCCAGUUCGUCGGCCCCGCCCGCCGCGCCGCGCCCGACUCCCGCCCCGGCCCCCGUGCUGCGCGCCCAGGCCUCGUGCUGCCUGCCGCCCGACGCCAGCGUGUACGUCAACAUGCCCACCAACUUCUCGGUCCUCAACUGCCAGCAGGCCACCCAAAUCCUGCCCCACCAGGGCCAGUUCCUGCACCCCCAGUAUAUCGGUUUCGCCCACCCGGUCACCCCGGCUCCUGCCUUCCUGGACCCCACACAGGGUGGCUACAGACCCCUCCAGUCCCCCUUCCCUCCUCCCACCAGCGUGGCCAGCGUGACCAGUGACCACAAGCAUCCGGCCGUGACUGUGUGA